GCAGAUCCUGGUUGUGAACUCGACAUCAUAAACCACAUAUUGAUUCAUCAGUUGUUUAUAGAAAAUGACUCGAUAAUAUAACACGAUAAACAGUUAGUUUUGAGAAUCGUAUGUACCAUAUAUUUUAAGAGUUUUUUGUUGUAUUCGAUGGCGGGUACUGAUGGUUUGACAACGAAUGAUAUUACUUCUCAGCUAGCCACAACGACUGCGAGUGGUACAACUCCUCCUGGCACGACCAUAGCCAACUUGUCAGGCAUACAGUUUACAUCACAAAAUGGACUUAACAAUUCCCUUUCUACUUCAUUGGAAGGCUCUACUACGCCAGUUUUAAUAAUAUUGGAAACACAUUUUCUUCAAACCGGAGCAUGUGACGCUAUUGCUGGGUUGUUUGCUUGGCUUGCCGUCGUUAUAACAUGUCAACAGAUUUAUAUGCAUCUGAGACAUUAUACUUGCCCUGGGGAGCAGCGUUGGAUCGUCCGAAUCCUCUUCAUCGUACCAAUAUAUGCCUUUGAGUCAUGGCUAAGUUUGCUGUUCUUUAGUAAGGAUCAUUAUUAUGUCUACUUCGGCACUAUAAGAGACUGCUAUGAAGCAUUUGUAAUAUACAACUUUCUAAGUCUUUGUUAUGAGUAUCUCGGUGGCGAGAGCACUAUUAUGGCAGAAAUACGUGGCAAACAAAUAACGCCAGCUAAGUGGUACUGGUGCACGUGUUGUCUGCAAGGUAAAGCAUAUACCAUAACGUUCCUGCGGUUCUGUAAGCAAGCCACCCUUCAGUUCUGUAUCAUUAAGCCGUUGAUGGCGUUGGCAACGCUCAUUCUCCUCCCCUUCGAUAAAUACUCUGACGGUGACUUUUCCCCUGAUGAGGGUUAUUUAUACAUUACAAUAACCUACAACACUUCGGUAAGCCUGUCGCUGUACGCCUUGUUUCUGUUUUACCAUGCCACCAAAGACCUUCUCAGCCCUUACAGCCCGGUGUUGAAGUUUGCCAUGGUCAAGUCGGUAAUCUUCGUUUCUUUCUGGCAAGGUCUGCUGUUGGCCAUACUUGAAUUAGGGGGCGUUAUCAAAUCGGUGCAGAAGUCUGACGGUUCCUAUAUUUUAUCCGGUCUUGUGUCAGCCGGCUAUCAAAAUUUUCUCAUAUGCAUUGAGAUGUUCUUUGCAGCGAUUGGACUUCGCUACGCAUUCCCGUACUCAGUCUAUCAGCAGAGUAGUCCAGAAUCUAUUAACAGAGGCAGUGCCAUGAAGCAGAGUAUCUCGAGCAGUCUUAAGGAUACGGUCAAUCCGAAGGACGUGCUACAGGACACUAUUCAUAACUUCUCCCCGGCCUACCAACAGUACACGCAACAGAGCCAGAAAGACGACCUCGAGUUGGGAUACGGAACAAAGUACAAUUCCAACGGCAUGACCAACACCGGCAACAAUCCUCUUCCGACUCAACGAUCUCUAAGUAAUAGGAGCCACAACGAAAAAACAACGUUGCUAAGUUCCGACGAGGAGUUUUAAGAGGUUUGCAUGUAAAUAAAAUUAUACAGAUGUGCAAUCGCAAAUUUGUGUGCACUAUCUCUUAUAUAUAAAGCACCAUGAUCCACAUCCUUUUCCAAUUACAGCAUAAAUUUAUAUGUAAGAAGAAUUUUUGUUGAGAUUUUGAAAUGAUAUAAGUCCAUUAUUCAUCUAAAAUGUCUGGUAAUAUUUUAACAGAUAUAAGAUUACAGUGUGGUUCUCUGGUUGGUACGUAAUUAGAUCAUCAACAGCCGAGAUUUACAGCAACUUCUUCGAACAAAAUAUUCAUGAUGAUGAUGCAGUAACAUAGAAUUCAGAAUGGAGGCGGAGUCAUAAUUCCUGAAUCUACAAAGCUCCUAAAAAGUGCUAUGGUAGAAAUUAUAUGGAGUAUAUUUUAUAACUAUAUAUGUGGGAGGGAUAGAUGCAGGGGAAGAGGAUGGAUUCAUAAGGGUGAGGUUAAUCCAAAGGGAAAGGGUAAAUUUAGGGGGAAGGGCAAAUCAAAAGAGGAUUGGAUCUUAAGGGAAGGGGGUGAUUUUAAGGGGAUGGGCAGAUGGAGAACAUAUUGUCUAUUAAUUAAAAGUUGAGAGCCUUGUAUGUAAUAGGUAAUAUACCUAAACUCUCUAACAUGGAAAGAUGCUUGACUUGUUUGAUCAAAGAUUUCUCUAUUCCUGUCGAACACAGACAAAAUUAGAACCCCGUUCACACUAUCAAAUUGUAAGUGACAAAUACCAAUGUUGUGACAUCAUCAUGCCCAUAUAUGGCAGUUCACACAAAUUUGUCACCUAAAACUUGAUAAUAGUGUGGAUAGAGUUUAAGAUAAUAUGUAGAUUUCUGUAUUCCUAUCAAACACAGACAGAAUUAGAGCUCCGUUCACACUAUCAAAUUGUAUGUGACAAAUACCAAUGAUGUGACAUCAUCAUGCCCAUAUAUGGCAGUUCACACGAAUGUGUUACCUUAAACUUGAUAGUGUGGAUAGAGUUUAAAUAGUAUGUACAUUUCUGUAUUCCUAUCAAAUACAGACAGAAUUAGAACCCCAUUCACACUAUCAAAUUGUAUGUGACAAAUACCAAUGAUGUGACAUCAUCAUGCCCAUAUAUGGCAAUUUACACAAAUUUGUCACCUAAAACCUGUCAGUGUGAUAGAGUUUAAGAUAGUAUAUAGAUUUACAUGUUUUAUAUGGUGUGAAUAAUAUUGUUUUGAUUGCUUUUAAUGUUACUACCGUAAUUAUAGCCUUGAUUCUGUUUGCUGUGUUCGCUUUUCGGCAUUCCAAGUCCAAGGAAAACAGGUUUGAAAAGAAGGUGCUUAUGGAUUCAUAUGGUAAUCGGUUAUCAGUUAAUUUUCUGAGCUUUGUGUUUUUGUUAGUAUAAUUAAACAUCUGUCAAAAUAAUUGAUUAAAAUUAACACAAGUUAUAAAUUUGCAAGACUUGACAAUGUCCAAAAUGCGGUAAUCAAACAAAAACUUAAAACAUGAUUUUAUUUUCUUUCUGUGAAUCUAUAAUUUUUUUAUAGUGAACAUAUCUUUACUUCAAAACUUUUAUAGCUUUUUUUGCUAUAUGGCGUAGAUUAAAAUGGCAAAAUACCUCACCAACAUACAUAUUAGAAUGAUAAUGUACUUCUUAUAACAUGUUUUUAAGGCUUUGCAGUUAGAACAUGUUAAGAAUGCGUAGGAAGGACACCGGCAAACUAAGUUGCUUUAUGAAAUAUCCCUUUGCUUGCAAGGUUUGGAUUUUGGAAUUGAAGGUUGUCAAAUAUGAUGAAAAUGACGUGUACCCUAUUUCAAAACGCACAAUAGUUUUAUUCAAUAUUCGAUAUUUUGAGCUAUACACCCAUUAAUUUGGUCUAUAAUUAUUAUUAUUAUUAUUAUUAGUGUAGUCAUUUAGGUUAUUUUGUAGGUUAUUUCUAACAUAUUUACCCAGCAAUAAUUCUUCUAUUAAUAAUAAUUUUAAAUCCCACUAAGCAAAGUUUCCUUGCCAGGAAUGUUUCAUUGAAGUUAAGCUUUUUCCACACUAAAGUUUUAUUUGACAAUUUUCUGUGAUUUCCCCAUUUAUGGAUGUGAAAUGACAUCAUCAUGCCACAUAUGAAUGUGAUAUGACAUUAUUAUGCCCAUAUAUUGAUGUGAUAUUACUUCAUCAUGCCCAUAUAUGGAUGUGAUAUGACUUCAUCAUGCCCAUAUAUGGAUGUGAUAUGACUUCAUCAUGCCCAUAUAUCUGUAUGGAUGCGAUAUGACUUCAUGCCCAUAUAUGGAUGCAAUAUGACAACAUCAUGCCCAUAUAUUGAUGUGAUAUUACUUCAUCAUUCCCAUAUAUGGAAGUGAUAUGACUUCAUGCCCAUAUAUGGAUGUGAUAUGACUUCAUGCCCAUAUAUGGAUGUGAUAUGACUUAAUGCCCAUAUAUGGAUGCAGUUUGACAACAUCAUGCCCAUAUAUUGAAGUGAUAUUACUUCAUCAUGCCCAUAUAUGGAUGUGAUAUGACUUCAUCAUGCCCAUAUAUGGAUGUGAUAUGACUUCAUGCCCAUAUAUGGAUGUGGUAUGACUUCAUGCCCAUAUUUGUAUGUGAUAUAUCAUCAUGCCCAUAUAUGGAUGUGAUAUGGCUUCAGCAUGCCCAUAUAUGGAUGUGAUAUGAUAUGCAUAUAUGAAUGAGAUAUGACAUCAUCAUGCCUGCAUAUUAGAAAAUCAUGCAAAUUUUCAAAUAAAAAAUUUAUAGUGUGGACAGAUCUUUAGUGGUGGGGCAAUGGUAUUGACUUUAAGGUUCUCUUCGUUGCAUGGCCAGGGUUCAAUACAGGUAGAAUGUAAAAUACUUUUUACAUAACACAAAUCAUCUCCUUGAGAUAAAGAGAAGGGGGGGGGCGAUACUAU